GAAAAUGGCGUCGCCCAUUAAAAUUCCCAGGCGCUUGCCAUUGCUUAUGGUUGCAGACAAUGUUCUCCUACCCGGAUCGUCUAUGCGAAUCCCGGUCAAGAGCACUAGAAAUAUGAACAUGGUGAAAAGCCGUCUGCUUGGCCGCAGUACACUGAGCAGCACAGUGAUUGGUGUGAUCCCUAAGGACCCCAGCAGAGAUAUUGAGGAUGAUGAUAUUUCAAGCGUCCAUCCAAUUGGAACAGCAGCUAUUGUUGUUCAGAUAACUGGAACUAACUGGCCUCGGCCGGCGUAUACACUGCUUGCAACUGGAUUGUGUCGGUUUAGGCUCGAGAGUCUGCUGCAAGAAACUCCGUACCCCAUUGCUUCAGUAACCCAGCUGGAUAAGUUCUCUGGAGAUGAGCAGGAUGAUGUCACUUUAAAUCAAGAACUUGGGCCUCUUGCUGAGAACUUCCGUGAUCAGGCAGCUAAGCUGGUGGAGAUGCUUGAUGUGUCAAUACCCGUAGUGGCCAAGCUCAAGACAAUGCUGGAGAAUGUACCAAGCCAACACCUUCCUGAUAUAUGUGCGGCCAUUGUGAAGGCUUCAUACACUGAGAAGAUUCAGGUUCUUGAUGCUGUUGACUUGUCAGAGAGAUUCAAGAAAGCAUUGCCACUUUUGAUGCGCCAGAUUGAGGGGCUGAAGCUGUUACAACGUGCUAAGAAAGAUGGCAAGGUGGAGAUAAUAAGCAGGAAGGAUGUGAUGCGAUCGAACCACAUGCGGCGCGCGUUCCGGAAGCUGAACACCGACAUUGACGAUGAGGACCUGGAUGGAGAUGUGGAUGAGUCUCUUGACCUGGAGCAGAAGAUAAAAGCAGCCAACAUGCCCGAGGUUGCCCACAAGACUGCCAUGAAAGAAGUGAAGCGACUGAGGAAAAUGCCCCAACACAUGCCAGAACAUGCCAUGAUUCGAAACUACCUUGAGCUGAUGGUCGAACUACCGUGGACUAGGAGCAGUAAAGACAUUCUCGACAUCGUUCAGGCGAGAAAGGACUUGGAUGUGGAUCAUUAUGGCCUGGACAAGUUGAAGAAGCGCGUCCUCGAGUAUCUGGCUGUGCGACAACUCAAGAACUCUCUGAAGGGACCGAUACUGUGCUUCAUCGGACCUCCUGGGGUGGGCAAAACCAGUGUUGGUAGAUCUAUUGCCAGUACAUUGGGUAGAGAGUUCCACAGAAUUGCUCUCGGUGGAGUGUGCGACCAGUCUGAUAUCCGUGGCCACAGAAGGACCUACAUCGGCUCUAUGCCUGGCAGGGUCAUCCAGGGACUGAAGGCUGUGAACGUCAACAACCCAGUCUUCCUGCUGGAUGAAAUUGAUAAACUCAGUAAGAGUCUCCAUGGCGACCCGGCUGCUGCUCUCCUCGAGGUGCUUGAUCCAGAACAGAACCACAACUUCGUUGAUCAUUAUCUGAACGUUCCUUUUGAUCUGUCUCAAGUUCUGUUCAUUGCCACUGCUAACAACAUGGCCAUGAUCCCACCGGCACUGCUCGACAGAAUGGAGGUCAUUCACAUUCCCGGCUACUCGCAGGAAGAGAAGAUAAACAUAGGACUGAGACAUCUGGUUCCCAAGCAGUUCAAACAACAUGGUCUGACGCUGGAACAGCUGCAGAUUCCCGAAGACACAGUUAAACUAAUAGUUUCCAAGUACACGAGAGAGGCCGGUGUCCGCACCCUGGAGCGCCGUCUCGCCGCUGUGUGUCGUGCGGUGGCUGUCCGUGUGGCCGAGGGAGCAUCUGUGGCUAGAGCGGAGAAAACACACGCACCACAGCCAGACAGCCAGGAGAUCACAACAACAGAGCAUGUAUCCCAGGAUGCAACAGCAAUGGCACACCCUCCUGAGAUGCCUAUUGUGAUUGACGAAGUAGCUGUGGAAGAUAUUCUUGGGCCUGCCAUGUAUGAGAGGGAGGUGAAAGAGCGGUUAAGUCAGCCUGGAGUUGCGAUUGGCCUGGCCUGGACGGCGAUGGGGGGUGAGAUUAUGUUUGUAGAAGCGACCAAGAUGGAUGGUGAAGGAAAGUUGACGCUGACAGGACAGCUUGGUGAUGUCAUGAAGGAGUCGGCCAAUCUGGCACUGAACUGGGUGCGAGGCAAUUCAAAGAAGCUCGGUCUGCACCAGACAUCUGACCUGUUGGAUAACACAGACCUGCACAUUCAUUUCCCCGCUGGGGCUGUCGGCAAAGAUGGCCCAUCUGCUGGAGUAACCAUAACGACGGUUCUCGUGUCACUGUUCAGUGACCGCUGUGUCCGCUCGGACACAGCCAUGACAGGAGAAAUCACCCUGAGAGGACUCGUGCUGCCGGUUGGUGGUGUUAAAGAAAAGGUGCUGGCUGCCCACAGAGCUGGCAUUUUCAGAGUCCUUAUCCCUCGACGCAAUGAGAAAGAUCUAUACGAUAUUCCAACCAACAUAAGGAAAGAACUGAGUAUUGUGUUGGUCAGUCAGCUGGAAGAUGUGUUGAAUGCAGCAUUUGAUGAUGGCUUUCCCUCUCUGUCUUCAAUUCCAGUCCACUCAUCCAGCAAGUUGUGAUAUUAUUAUGUGAUUUGUUACUGUCAGGAUCAGUCCUUUACGAGGGGAACAUGGGGGGAAUGUGGGGAUCACUUCAAAGUUGUUGUCCAAUAAUUGUGUAAAUGAUUGGGGUUACGUAAGAAUUUCCCCCAGUGAAAACCCAGAAUUCAGAUUUUCUUGCUGAAUCAGCAUAAUUGGAAAGCAUUCCUACAGGUGCUUCAAUUGUGUUCCUAUGCUGUGCUAGUACAAUUACAUGACAAUCAUAAUUCACUACACUGUUCAAAGAAAGAUCACCGGGCCAAAUUAAUUCAGUUUUGACAAUAUGAUUGGAUUUGUACUUAUACAGGUGAAUGGUAUUUGUCAUGUGUUUCACAGUUAGUGACAUUCUGCAGGUGUGUUUUGCUGAAGGGUGUCGUUGUAUCAUUGUGUCAUCAUGCAGUGUCGUUGUGUCAUUAUGCAGUGUCAAUGUGUCAUCAUGCAGUGUCCAGCUUGUUAAGAAUUUUGUGAUUCAGUAUCAUUGUAAAGCAUCGAUUCUUAACAAGAAACUUGUUAUUGUCACAGUUAUAAAUUGUUACGGAUUUUGUAUAUCAGUAUUAUUGUAUAGCAUCGAUUCUUAACAAGAAACUUGUUAUUGUCUCAGUCAUUGUUACGAAUUUUGUGUAUCAGUAUGAUUGUAUAGCACCAAUUCUUAACAGGAAACUUGUUAUUGUCACGGUCAUUGUUACGGAUUUGGUUUUUCUUUAUUACCCCAGUGAAGUUUGAAGGUGAGACAAGAUUUACUUUUUUCAUUACUAGUAUUAAGUUUUUUAAUUUAGUUCAUGAGGCUUUCUAACCCAUGUUAAGUGUAUACUCGUUGAAAAAUGCAGAUCUUUAUUGCAGAGCUAAAAUUUAACCUGCGUUAUUUCAAUUCUGCAGUCAUAAAAGGAUUGGUUUCCUGUCCAUGGUUAAAUAUAUCUCAAUGUCUACAUGUAUGUUCACAUGUAGACUGGUAAACUGGGUUAAAUUGUUUUGUCUGGACUCCGUUUUAGAAUACACAACAAUUCCCUAAUUGGAGCUCCACAGAAAUGACAAGUACAGCUAAUAAUGUCUUGCAUGAUGCUAGAUAAAUCUGUCUAGCCACCCCGGUGCUGGACGAUUUUACAUACGCGUGUUGUGAUAACUCAUGUUUUACGAUGAUUGAGGUCAUAACUCGUGGUUUUCAGAAUUAUGUUUGCCAUUUUAUGUUGUUUCAAAAAUAUUUAAACAAAUUAAUAUUUUAAACUUUAUAUUUAUUGAUAUGUUGUGACAUUUUUAUGUUGCUGGAUAAGGUGGAUUAUAUUUUUUUGCAUUUGAUUAAAUGAGUUUGUAGGCGAAAUGUUUGCGAAUCGUUCUACAAUAAACAAACCGUAGGUUACAAAAUUAAUGUUUUGUUAAUGUAAUUAAAUGAGCAAUAAAAAGAAUCAAUCACUGUUGUGAGUUAUAGAUAAGGCAAUUCCAACCCUCGGGACAAAAUGUUUUUGUAAGGGCUUCGGUAAACCUCGGCCCUCAAAAAAAAAGUUUUUCCCUCUAUUCUAUUAAAUCAUCUGCUUAAAGCCUGUCUGCGUCAACAUGGAACCUUUGAACUGACAUGAAAGUCCAUAAUGAAAUAUGUUAAAAUGCAUAUAAAUACAUAGUUUCAAGUGUUAAAUCCUCACCAACUAAUUGGAUAAAGAAAAGAGUGUUUUUUUUGUUUGUUUUUUGUUUGUUUGUUUAACAGAUUAUCAUAAAAUUGUAUAGAUUAAAUCUCAUUUUAAACAGAGAUGAAGGUAAAAUGAUGAAACAGCCUAGGUAUUAACCCUGAAUUAUUACUACGGUCAUAAUCAAAAUUAUAAACAACCAUGCUUUUGCCUGUUACAUAAUUGUAAAUAAAUAAUUCAUGAAAAUACCUGAAAUAAAAACUCUGUUACUACAUGUAUGUGCAAAUUACAGGCAUAAUAAACAUGGAAUAAUUGCCUUUUAUAGCUUAUUGCAUGUACAUGUAUGUGCAAAUUACAGGCAUAAUAAACAUGGAAUAAUUGCCUUUUAUAGCUUAUUGCGUGUACAUGUAUGUGCAAAUUACAGGCAUAAUAAACAUGGAAUAAUUGCCUUUUAUAGCUUAUUGCAUGUACAUGUGUUGUCAAAUUGUAUUAAAAUCAAUAAAGUUAAAUUGCAUAUA